CUUGUGAGCACUCAGGAUUAACUACCCAGCUGUGAUGGGCACCCAAUGGAUGUUUUUACUCCUCUUCCCUCUGCCGCUGUGCCAAGCUUUACAGUGUGAAAAUUCCCAGGAUUCGUGCCUUAACGGAGGAACGUGUAUGAGGCUCCAGAAUGGAACUCACCUCUGCAGCUGCCUUGGCGGUUUUCAGGGUGACCGGUGUCAGUUUGCUGACCCUCCAUGUUCACCGUUUCUUUGCCACAAUGGAGGCACAUGUAAACGAUUGUCAUCCUCAGAGUAUCGCUGUACAUGUGGCCCUGGAUGGACAGGCAAACACUGUGAAUUAAUCGAUCAUUGUACCACCAACCGAUGCAUGAAUAAAGGGAAAUGUGUCAACAAGGAUGUGAACCCUCGUGGGGGUUUUGAAUGCCAGUGCCAGCGUGGCUACACUGGAGAGGCUUGUGAGAAGGACGUAGAUGAAUGCCAGGAAGCUGGCAUAUGCAAGAAUGGUGGGACUUGUAAGAACACCGUAGGAUCCUUCUUGUGUGUGUGCCCAGCUAUGUACGACGGAAUAAACUGUGAAAUGAGAAGAGGACGGUGCUCUAUACACAGCUGCCUCAAUGCCGGGACUUGCCAUCAAAGAAACCUCAACUUAUACCAGUGUGCAUGCCCACCGGGCUACACUGGAUCUGAUUGUGAGGAGAACAUUGAUGACUGCAUUAACCACAAAUGUAAAAAUGGAGGGAGCUGCAUAGACGGACUUGAAAAAUACACAUGUAAAUGUCCUCCUGGAUGGGAAGGAGGACUUUGUUCCAAAGACAUUGAUGAAUGUCAGACUCCUGGCAUAUGUAGAAAUGGCGGUACUUGUCAGAACACAUACGGAGGAUACAAAUGUGUAUGCGUUAAUGGAUGGGAUGGUGACAACUGUGAACACAACAUUGAUGACUGUGCAACAGCCACUUGUGCUGAGGGGUCUACCUGCAUCGACCAAGUGGGGACGUAUAUCUGCCAGUGCCCCCCAGGAAGGAUUGGUCUUCUGUGCCACAUGGAGGACGGAUGUAAAAAAAAUCAAUGUCACCCAGAAGCCACUUGUGAUACUGAUCCCUCGUCCCACAGGAUCUUUUGCCGUUGCCAGCCGGGCUAUACCGGACCCACUUGUUAUGAAGACCUGGAUGAAUGCCAGUUAGGUCCUUCCCCCUGUGAACACGGUGGAGAAUGUGUAAAUACUGAGGGCGCCUUCCUGUGUCGCUGCCCCCUCGGAUAUACGGGCACCCGCUGCGAGACAGUCCAGAAUGAGUGCAACUCCAAUCCCUGCCUCAACGGAGCCUCAUGCUUUGACUUCCUGGGUCACUUUGAGUGUGUGUGCGCUCCAGGAUUUGAGGGAAUUCUCUGUAAUCAGGAAGUAAGCAAGUGUUCAAGUUCUCCCUGUGUAAACGGAGGAAACUGCACUGAUCUGUUAAAUGAUUUUCAUUGUUCCUGUCCCCCUGGUUUUCAGGGCCCAAGAUGUGAAACCGACAUUGACGAAUGUGCCAGUUCACCGUGCCACCACUCUGGCCUCUGUAUAGAUCACCUUGGUUUCUUUACCUGUGAAUGCUUGAGUGGAUUCACAGGGCAGCUGUGUGAGGAAGACAUUAACGAGUGUGACAGUCAACCAUGCCAUAAUGGCGCCACCUGCCUGGACCAACACAAUGGCUUCCAGUGUUUGUGUGAGCCUGGGAUCACAGGUACCACAUGUGACAUGAAUAUUAAUGAAUGUAGCAGUGACCCAUGCCUUAACGGACAUUGUGUUGACCUGGUGAAUUCAUUUAUGUGUCUUUGUGAUCCCGGGUAUUCAGGCAGUCAUUGUGAAGUAGACAUUGAUCAGUGCAGGUCCAGGCCAUGCCAGAAUGGAGGCAUCUGCCAAGAUGUGGAUGAUGGUUUUCAGUGUUCCUGCCCUCCAGGAACAGCCCUUCCCCUGUGUACCUUGGAGAAUACCACCUUUGCCAAUACAACGUGCCUUCAUGGCAGCAAUGAAACACAGAACAACAGUUCUCAGUGCGUCUGUGACAUAGGGUGGACAGGGUCAUCUUGUGAAACCCCUAUUGAUGAAUGUGCCAGUGUUUAUUGUGAGAACGGGGGAACAUGUCAUCCUCACCAGGGUGGAUAUAACUGCUCGUGCCCAGCAGGACACACAGGGUUAAACUGUGAAAUUGCCAUCCAGCUGUGUUAUCCUGAGACCUGCCUCAACGGAGGCACUUGCGUUGAGAACCCCAACAUCACUGACCCCUCAUGCCUCUGCCCUGCAGGAUGGCAAGGUCCACACUGUGAAGAGGAUGUGGAUGAAUGUUCAGAUGACCCCUGCAAGAACGGGGCAAGUUGUGUUAACAUCCCUGGAGCAUACAGCUGUGUCUGUGCCUUGGGGUACACCGGACAUCACUGUGAAUCUGCAUUAGAUUACUGCCUGCCAGAUGAUUGCCAGAAUGGUGGUACGUGCCUCAGUCUGCUUGACUCGUUCACCUGCAUAUGUCCCUCUGCAUAUACAGGAAGACUGUGUGAGGAGCAUGUUGACAGCUGUGCAAGUUCGCCCUGUCAAAAUGGUGGAUCAUGCAAGAAUCGUGGCGACUCCUAUACCUGUGACUGUGUCAGAGGCUACGAGGGGACGGACUGUGGGGUGAACAUCCAGGACUGUACCGACACUUCAUGUCUAAAUGGUGGCACCUGUGUGGAUGGUAUUGCCUCCUACUCCUGCGUGUGCCCAGAUAGGUUCACAGGAAGUCAGUGCCAAGACCAGCUGACCUACUGUACUCCGGAUUCCUGCAAGAAUGGUGGUACCUGCCAUGACGUUCCUGGUGGGUACAUCUGCUCCUGUCCUGAAUUGUACACAGGUGGUGCCUGUGAGGACAUCAUAGACUUCUGUGCUCGUAGACCAUGUCAAAAUGGAGGAAUAUGCUCUCAAACAGGGACAAGAUAUCGGUGCCAAUGUGCCUUCGGAUGGGUUGGAAGUCACUGUGAGACCCCGCUCCUGACCUGCAAGGCAACAGCCUCCAGAGGUGUGGAUCCAGAAACUCUUUGCAACAGACAUGGAAAUUGCGUGGAUUUAGGGGCAUCCUAUGUAUGUCGUUGUUUCCAGGGCUACUCUGGCACUCAUUGCCAGGAGAAGAUUGACCCAUGUCUCCCAAACCCUUGUAAGAAUGGUGGUCGCUGUCGGGACAUUUCUGGGUCCCCCUCUUGCCAGUGCUUACAUGGAUAUCAUGGGGCAACCUGUGAAGAGAAAGAUCCAUGUCUGUCCAAGCCUUGUUACCACAAUGGGGUGUGCGUGCCCAAAGGAAGCAAUUAUCAUUGUGUGUGCCCAACAGGAACCCAAGGAGCCCGCUGUGAAAUUAAUAUAGAUGACUGCGCCACAGCCGAAGCUCGGUGCUUCCAUGGAGGCACGUGCAUGGAUGGAGUUGGGGGAUUCUCGUGCCUUUGCCCGCUAGGGUAUGUGGGAGACCGCUGUGAAGGGGAUGUCAAUGAGUGUCUGUUCAACCCUUGUGACCCACGAGGAACACAUACCUGUGUGCAGCUCAGCAACAGUUUUCAAUGCCAGUGCCACCCACAUUACACAGGUCAGAGAUGUGAGCACAUCAUUAAUUACUGCGAUAAUAACUCUUGCGCUAAUGGCGGAAUCUGUGCACUGGCUGUUAACACCACACAGGGAUUCACCUGCAGCUGCCCACCGGAUUUUUCAGGUCCCACGUGCAGUGAGGUCAUACUGUCUUGCAAAACCUACACCUGCCAUAACGGUGGGCUGUGUAUACAAGACAUGGAAGGCCUUCCUCGGUGUGUUUGCCAUCGUGAUUACACAGGCCCCCAUUGUCAAGAGUCUGUGGGGUCCACCUUUUCUCCUCCACAGGGGCCCUGGAAGGACUGCCUCGAAGUCGAGUGCCAGAGAAAGUUCCGAAAUGGAGUUUGUGACCAGCAGUGCAACAACAAGCCUUGCUUAUAUGACGGCUUUGACUGCAACAUCACAAGAAGCUGCAAGGCUGACUAUGAAAGGUACUGCCAGGACCACUUUGGCAAUGGUCACUGCGAAACAGGAUGCGAUAGUGCAGAAUGCGGCUGGGAUGGAGGUGAUUGUACUUCUAGCCAUGAGAAGCCUGGAGGAAGACUUAUUAUGGUGCUGGGUUACAACUCCUCCAUACUUUAUCGGAGAGACAUCAUCGCACAGCUCCGCGCCUUGUCCAUCCAUCUCCACACCAAGAUACGUCUGGAAAGUGACAGCAAGGGAGACAUGUUGUUUCAAUACUGCAAGGGGGACAACCCUGAAGACCUGUCUGAAGACCAGCUGGAGAGAUGGAAGUAUGAGACCUCCGAGACGUGUCAGAAGAGUAAAGAGACUGUUGGUUGUGUCCUGUACUUGGAGGUCUUUAGUCUGGAGUGUCCCCUGUCCACCUGCAUCAACUCUUCCCAGAUGGCUGCUCGUUUUCUAGAAGCUCUAAAUCAGAAGGGAGAGUCAAACCUACCAUACUCGAUCCUGGAAGUAAAGUCUCUGGAUCCACCUACAGUCCCAGAGGUGUUGAAGAACCAGUAUCAAUGGCCGUUGGUGGGGACGGCUGCUGGCGUGGCAGUGGCUGUAAUUAUUGGAGUGUUCUUUGGGGUUCAGCUAAGCAGAAAGAGACAGCAUGGGGUCCUAUGGCUUCCUUCUGGCUUCAGUCGCCAACGUGCACAAGAGGGCAGCAGGAGAAGGGAGCCUGUAGGGGAAGACUCCAUUCGGCUUAAACCAAUGAAACAUGAUUCUGUCUAUGAUGAUUUAGGCCCUGAAGAAGGAAUUGUGCCACCAAAAUCCAGAAGACUUAAAUUGGCAACAGACCCAUCCAUCCUUGACCAUCGACAGUGGAGUCAAAAGCAUAUUGACGCUGGGGUUCGUUUCCCACAAUGCAUUGCUCUGACACCGCCACAAGAAGAGCCUGAUGGCAGGGACAUUGAUGUGAGAGGUCCAGAUGGAGUCACUCCACUGAUGUCGGCUAUAUGUGCCGGAGGAGGACUGGAACCCAUUGGAGGUGGCGGAGACCCCCCAGAAAUUGAAAGCUCUGCAAGUGUCAUCUCAGAUUUGAUUGGCCAGGGUGCUAGUCUCAAUGCCCAAACUGACUCCACGGGAGAGACGGCACUCCAUCUGGCUGCCCGAUUCUCCAGGCAAGAUGCUGUGAAGGUCAUGCUGGAUGCCGGAGCAGAUACGAAUGUGCAGGACAGGCUGGGAAGGACACCUCUCCACACGGCUAUCGCUGCUGAUGCUCUGGGUGUUUUUCAGACCCUGUUACGAUGCCGUCAGACGGACAUUGACGCCAGAAUGCACGAUGGAUCCACGCCACUCAUCCUAGCCUCACGCCUUCCAGUACAGAACAUGGUGGAAGAACUGGUGGCAUGUGGAGCAGACAUAGGUGCAGCAGAUAAGCGAGGUAAAUCUGCACUACACUGGGCCGCUGCUGUGAACAAUGUACCAGCAAUGAAGACACUUCUGUCUCAUGGGGCUAACAAGGAUCUUCAGGACAAGAGGGACCAGUCUGCACUGUUCCUGGCCGCUAGGGAAGGUAGUUAUGAAGCUGUCUGCCUCCUCCUGGAGCACCAAGCAAAUCGAGAGCUGUGUGAUCAUGUAGGCCAUCAGCCUCGACAUGCAGCUCGUGAACGUGGACACAGAGAUAUCCAGCGCCUUCUGGAAGAAAGCAGCCAAUUAGUCAACCGUAACAUACCCGCUGUUCCUCUGGCUGGAGCUCCACAGCUAAAAAAGACCCCGCGUCCCAGAGCCAAAGAGAUAACCAAGCCUGCACCUUUACCGCACAUAGACCUGAGCAGCUCCUGUUAUCAUAAUGCGCCUCCUGUUUCAGCACCUGCCUUUCUGCCAGGCAACCAGUCAGAGACCAACUGUUGUCAAUCUCAUCAUGCUAUGGUCAACUACGGAGGUAAUUGUGCUCCCUAUGCUCGCAGUGGCUCCUUCUCAUCAGGGGUAGCAGGAUGCCAGUGGGGUCAUAGAGGAUGGAGGGUCCAUUUUUGUCCAACAGGAUGUACCGUGCCUGAGGCCUCCUACUCAGCAGGAGGGCAACAGAUGUCCCCUCAUGCCCACUGGCUGCCAGAAUCUCAACAUCCACAGUCUCCAAACUGCCAAAAUCCAGGCCCCAACUUCUGUUCCACUCCAGCCGGGGAGCCUAUCCCAAGCAAAGACUUGCCUUGCACUCCUACUGACCAGCUGGGGCACAAUAUCUACCUGACCCCUCCUUCAUCACAGUAUGGAUAUCCAUCCCCUGCCAGCCCUGAAGAAACACAGUCUACGCAAAAAACAUGCAUGCACCACCACCCGUUCCUUACCCCUUCGCCAGAAUCCAGGAACCCCUGGGGAAUUGCAUCACCAUAAAGGGAUUUACAGAAAAGACAAAGUAUAGGGGGAUAAACUGCCAUAGCGUUCAGGAGCCAGUGAGUGCACUCUCAGAAUCAGCAUGCACUUUUGGGAGAGUUAGAAGAGGCAUCAAA